AUGACCUGGGCUGCGGACAUCAUCUCGCUGCCCGACGAUGUCGCGGUCGGGAGCCUCACCGGUUUCCUCUUCCUUGGCUUCCAUCUGCUGUGUCCCGAGGAGAGCUCCAGGUCGUUCGGCGUGGUCUGCGUCGGCGCCGACGUGUCUAGGGUUCGCGCCGCCGUCUUCUCGUCGGCGACGAGGGAUUGGGUCGUCCACCCGUGGGUGGAAAUCGGCGGUGAGUACGGCCUAAAUUACGGUGCUGGGGCGCUGGUGAAUGGCUCUGUUUACUGCCCUUUCUAUGAGGACAGCCGUGUGAUUAGGAUAAACACAGCCACCAUGGAUGUCUCCUCUCUGGACCUGCCCUCAUUACCCUCAUGGAUAAUUGAUUACGGGCAGGUCGAUUUCAUCGUUGGGGACACUAAGGAUGGAGAGCUCUGCAUGCUAUAUGCAUCUGAUGAUUUUCACCUCCAUGUUUGGAUCCGUGGUGUGGACGGUGAUGGAAUUGGGGUUUCGGUGCCGCUGCUCAUACCCUCUUUGAGCGCACAGAUUGAGCGGACGACCGGGGAAUCGGAGGGCAAACUCAGAGUUGUGCAAGCUAGGUCUGGAUGCGUGUACCUGUGCAUGAUAUGCAUAACCCCUGCUGACACACAACACAGCUGGUUAUUCUACCAUUCAUUGGGUACCAAGGAGAUUGAGUUAAUGAUCAAUGGGACAUUUGAUUACUGUGCCUAUCCGUAUAUUAUGGCCUGGCCUCCGUGUUUGAUUUGUGAUGAUGAGGGCACUGCGCAUGAAGUUGAAGGUUCUCACUGAAAUCUGCAGUUGUGGUUCACAAUGUUAGGCAGUUGGUCCCUUGCUUGAUUGGACGCGAGUUUAAAAAACGGUUAUUUGCAUUCUUUCUGCAUCUGGUGUAGCUCGGCGGAACUACUUCAAGUGUCAACUAUGUUCCAGUUUCUUCGGAGUAUAAGAUCACCUUAUUGCAAGAAAGUUGUUGCGUUUUUCAAUUGUUUUUUUAGAAGAGUAGAAUCGCACAAGUUGCAUCCUAAAGCAUUGCACCAAUGGGUAGAAUUUGCACAAGAUUAAUAUGCCGCUUUGAUGGAGACUAACACACUGCUUUUGUGACAGCAAGAACAGCAGCAGGGGAGAUUUGCGUGUAAACUGCAAGGUUGUCAUGCUCGGUGUCGAACGCAUUUAUGUUGACUGAUCAUGGAAGUUGGAAAUCAAAUAAUGCAUUUGAUUUGAUUGGUUUGUAGAAAGAAUGUAUUGCCAGAUUGUCUCGGGUAGUGAGUGGUCAAUGCUUAGAGUGAUAUAGUGAGCCUGCUGCUUUGCCAAAUAUCAUGAAUCGUGUAAUCUACUGUCGUUUCAGAACAUUCAGUUAUAAAGUGAGUUCAAGCUUCAGUAUGUUGUUUUCAAAUACAACACUUUUUGGCAAAGAUUUCAGAAUGGGUACACAGACGUGUUCAGGGGAAUAGUGAUUUCACACGCAGAGAUGUGAAUUUGAGGGAAUUCUCACCUAUGAAUCUGUGAUAUUCAGAUACGUUGAAAUUAUUGGCGUGAUGCUGGAGUUUAAUGAGUUUUAUGGAAGUUUGUAUUUUUUUUUCCA